UUAGUUUAAAUUGAUAGUUACGUUUAAGUGACAACUAAUUUGCUCUUUCUCUUUCUCUCUCUUCCUUUUAUCUUCCUUGUAAAGAAAUUCUUCUCUUCUUGUUUCCCAUCAUCUUUCUACCUUAAUUUAUUUGUCAUCACCUAACAACCUUUUUUGUUAACCUUUUUAAUUUUGUUAAAUUUUCAAUUUUCUUUAUUUAUCAAAUCGUUUCCCUUUAUCUUAAUUGAACAUCAUGCGUAUUUACAAGGAUAUUCUCACUGGUGAUGAAAUGUUCACCGAUUCAUCUAAAAUCAAUUUAGUUGAUGAUUGUCUCUAUGAGGUUGUUUGCCAACAUGUUACACGUAAAGAUGGUGAUAUCGUCCUUGCGGGAUCCAAUCCAUCCGCUGAAGAGGCUGAUGAAGGAACUGAUGAUGCAAUUACUUCGGGUCUUGAUUUAGUUCUCAACCAACGAUUGGUUGAAACUUCUUUCAACAAGGCUGAUUAUAUGAAUUAUCUUAAAGGCUACACCAAGUCUCUUGCUGACAAAUGGAAGGAAGAAGGUAAAUCUGAUGAAGAAAUUGCCGAGGCCAAGGUUAAAUUGACUGAGGCUGUCAAAAAGAUUCGACCUCGUCUUAGUGAAGUUUCUUACUACAUGGGAGAAAGUGCCAAUCCCGAUGGUAUGGUUGCUCUUCUUGACUAUCGUGAUAAUCCUGAUGGUUCAGGAGAAACCGCUUAUAUGCUUUUCUUCAAGCACGGACUUGAAGAGGAAAAAGUUUAAUCCCACCUAUUGAUGAACACACACCCACGCUGAUUAAUCUCUCAUUAAUUUGCUAAUUGAAUCAAGAGAAUAUCAGUUUUGUUUAACAGAUGAAUAAAUUACAAUCUUGAAAAAAUAAA